AUGUCAGGCUCGAGUCUUGCGCCAGGACAUACAAAAAGAUCCAGAACUAGCGAUGCCGAGAAGGAUAGAACCAAGCGUCGUCGAUUUUCCAAGGGCGCACUUGAUGUUACUGAAGACGUACGACUAGCCGCUAAAGGACAGGCGAUUGAGAAUAACACUCAACGAAAUUCUCACGGCAAAAUUGGUGUCUCUCAAGUCCAGUCGGUGGGCAGUAUAGCAACCUCGACCCGAUUAUCACCUCGAAUGAAGAGUGAGUUACCACAAGACUUGAUGCGAAGAAUGAUUAAAAACCCGCAACAUCUAUAUAUUAUCACUUCAACUGGUUGUGUGAGCAAGUGGAAUUGGCUUUCUGGAGAUCAAAUCGCUUCUUGGGAUUUGGCCCGAGAGACCCUCCAUGCUGAAUUAUGCCCCUCUGAGGUCGGGGAACUUAGGUAUGAGCUUCUCUUUUCUUUGCGAGGGCGCAAGGAUGGAAAGAGACAAUUUACAGUCACCUUAUUUAAUGGUGGAAUACCACGCGACAUUGUUGUCUUUGAAACGACCCAACGAAUAGACAAUUUCAGGGUUUUCAAACAGGGACAAGCGAUAGUCGCGUGGGCCGGUCAGCGUCUUCUGCUUGGCGCCAGGGAAUUUAACACGCCAGACCCGUCAACUAUGCAGUACGCCUGGAGGGAGGUCGUCCUCCCUGUCCGUGUCACUUGCGUUGAUGUUCGAGAGAGCGGAGCACGAAAUCGAACAACACCCCAGGGCUCACAGGACAAUAACCUAGAUACCAUGGACCUUGUUUUGGGAGAAUCUGGUGGCUCAAUUUUAAUUUAUCCUGAUUUUCUUGCUCUUUUCCCUACAGGUGGUAUUGGCUCGGACGAUAGCAAGGGCUUGGCUCCUCGACGGCUGCAUUGGCAUAGAGGUCCCGUCAAUGCAGUCCGUUGGUCAAAGGAUGGUAACUACAUAAUCUCAGGCGGAGAUGAGUCAGUCAUGGUAUUGUGGCAGUUAGACACCGGUCGCAAGCAGUUUUUACCUCAUCUUUCUUCACCUAUUUGCAAUCUAGUCGUUUCUACAACUGGGAAAGCUUACAUCGUGAAGCUUGCUGACAACUGUAUUAUGGUGCUGUCAGCGACAGAGCUGCAACCUUAUGUUACUAUCACUGGACUGCAACUUUGCCAUCAAGUUAACAAGCCUGCCGAUGCAGCUAUGCCAGAGUCGCGUGUCGCACUUCAACCCCCUGCAGCUGUAUUGCACCCACAAUUCCAUGAUCGGCUUCUUGUGGCGGUACCAGCUUCGCGUCAAUCCGCACGGAAUUAUCAUUCUACAACGAGUUCGUGCAUGCUACAGACAUACGAUAUCCGCACCAACUCUCAAAUUUCCAGACAAGCUCUUGCGCGGACCAAUGCCACGACUUUGAGGAUCAGUCCAGAGGGGACCGAAAUUGUUACUCCCAACGUCAGUCACCUUGGCAUAUGUCAGGAUGGAAAGUGGAUGGCGACGAUCGAUGACUGGAUACCGCGCCCUGAAGAUAUCAGGGCUCUUGACUCGACUAGUGCUUCGUCAGGCAGCCAUACACUUCAUCGGGAAACAUACCUCAAGUUCUGGAGAUGGGAUGAAGUGUCCAAUACGUGGGAGUUAACUACACGUAUUAACAGCCCUCACUCCUUCAACAGCGUUUCGGUGCCUAUUCUCGACCUCGCGUCCAGACCAUACAGUCAUGAGUUUGCAACAGUGGGCUGUGAUGCCGUGCUCCGCUUCUGGUGCGCGAGUAACAGGCCAUGCCUGGGAUCGGCAACGGAACGUUCAGAAAACCGAUAUCAGACCUGGAAAUGUCGAGGUCCAGUCCGGACUACGGCCUCGUCAUCCUGGUGGAUACGCAAAAUUGCAGAAUUCAUCACAGUAGGAUAG